UGUGCCAGGCAAAACAAACAGCUCCACCCGCGUCUCACGCGUGGGAGAGACAACGGGUGUUGUGUACGAAGGUGGGGGAGGGGGAAAAGGUCAUUGAUGGCGUUUAAUGCUCCAGGGGUCCAGUGCUGCUCCAUCUUUCUCCUACAUCUAUUACUGAUACUGCUUUCGUCCCCACACACUUUCGAGCUCAUUCAUGGCUUCUCAAUACUCUUUGUUUAUUCGUAUACCCACCUCUCCCUUAAUUCCAAAGCUGAUGCUUCCUAACCACUCUUUCUCUUCGGGUUCUCUUUUAGCUCUGCUUUUCAACAUUUAAUGGUACUAUAUAUUUUAUAUGGUUUGUCUGUUUGAGAGUGAUACUAGAGAAGGCAUGAAGGAGAGGGCAUCUCUCAAGCUCACUCCCAACAUCAUUCUUGCGGAAGUCUUUCUGUUGGCUGUCUGUUUCCAUGAAUCUUGCUGCAGCCAGUUAGAUCAUCUUAGUGAUCCUGUUUUAAUGGAUAAAAAAGGGGAUGCGAUUCUUCCUGAGACCUCUCCUAGUGGGUCUCCUCGGCCUUUUCUUCCUCUCCUUGCACCUUCACCACUGGUACCCUUCACAAAUACCACUGUCACAAAAUUAUCAGGUAUCUGUGUGUUAAACUUCACUGCUGCAGAAAGCUUGAUGAAUGUAACAGCAAUAGAUUGCUGGUCGGCAUUUGCACCAUUUCUGGCUAAUGUAAUCUGUUGUCCACAGUUGGAAGCCACACUUGAAAUUCUUAUUGGUCAAUCAAGUAAAGAAACCAAUGUUCUUGCUUUAAAUGGGACCCUUGCCAAAUCUUGUCUCUCAGAUAUUGAGAAGGUUUUGGUAGGCCAAGGUGCAAAUGAGAAUCUCACACAGAUUUGCUCAAUUCAUGCUUCAAAACUCACUAAAGCAUCUUGCCCUGUCAAUAGUGUUAAUGAGUUGGAGAGCAUUGUUGAUACUUUGAAGCUUCUGGCAGCUUGUGAAGAGAUUGAUCCUGUGAAAGAAUGCUGCAGCCAAAUUUGUCAGAGUGCGAUAUUAGAAGCUGCUACGAGGAUUGCUUUGAAAUCUUCUGAGCUUUCGAGCAUGGAUGGGGCCUAUAUACUACCUCAGCACUCUACCAGGGUGAAUGAUUGUAAAAGUAUUGUCCUCCGUUGGCUGGCUAGUAAACUUAAUGCUUCUCAUGCGAAGAAAGUUCUCAGAGGACUAUCCAAUUGCAAUGUAAAUAAAGUUUGCCCCUUGGUGUUUCCUGACAUGAGCCAUGUGGUAACGGGCUGUGGGGAUCGGAUAAAUAACCAAACAACAUGCUGUAGUGCCAUGGGAAGCUAUGUAUCCCACUUGCAAAAGCAGAGUUUUAUAACUAACUUGCAGGCUUUGGAUUGUGCUGCAUCAUUGGGAACAAAGUUAAGAAAAUCAAAUAUUACCAAAAAUGUAUACAGCCUCUGUCAUAUUAACCUCAAGGAUUUUUCCCUCCAAGUUGGAAAUCAAGAGGCUGGAUGUCUUUUGCCAAGCACACCUUCUGAUGCAACGUUUGACACAUCUUCAGAAGUAAGCUUCCUUUGUGAUCUGAAUGACAACAUUCCCGCUCCCUGGCCCACUACAUCUCAAGUGCCAACUUCAUGUAAUAAAACUGUGAAAAUUCCUGCACUUCCAGCUGUGGCAUCUGCCCAAAAUGGACUUCAUCCGGAUGGUGUCAUGCAUUUUCUACUCUUUGCUUCAUCAGUAGUCCUCGUAAGUUCGUAACGCUAUUGUAAUUUCAAGAAGCUUUUCCUUGCACACUGCACUCUGUCACACCUCGAAGGCUAGAUGAAAGUCAUGUCCAGUAAGGUUUUUCUUCAUCCAAUCCAAGUUCCCGAAUUGAAGACAAUUGUGUAUUGGGCAGUGCAGAGAAUCUCUAUUUCCGGAGCUUGUAGAGCUGUGGUUCUGAUUAUAUUGAUUAGCCAUUCAUGCUUGCUGGUAUGGUAGAAAUUUUUGUAGAGAAAACCAAGAAAAGGAGGAAACUGAUGAUACUGUAAUUAUCAAUAUUGCCAUGUAAAGUUGGGUUGUAGACUUGUGGUUGGAAGAGGGUCUGUUGUAACAUGGCCAAUCCCUAGUUGUCAGUGCUCCAUCUAUUUCGGAUAAUGAUUGGCCAACUUUACAUGCAUUUUGGACUACGACAGAGCUCGACCGGAUGUUUACCAUU